CAUUGUUCUUGUUCUGGAAGUCUGGGAACGGGACGGGACGGGACGGGACGGUGGGACGGCGCUGGUCGGGUACCGGACGGCGGUCUGUCGUUAUGACGGGCUCCGGUCCGAAGCUCGGGGUUCUGCUGCUGCUGGCGGUUCUACUGCAGACUGUUGUCGUCACCAUCACCGUGCUGCACUUCACAACGGCUCUCAACUCGAUGAAGGAGACGUUCGCCAGGAGCAGUGUUUCCUGUCUGACGGGCGCUGACCUGCAGAGCAUCACGGCUGUACGAGGUGAUCCGUGCUGGCAGGUCACUCAGCAGCUUCACCUGCUCAUCGAGAAGUCUCUGUCCCAGCAGUAUCAGAGGCAGAUAUCAUCAGCAGUAAGAGAUGAAGUAUCUCGGGUGCUGCCCUCACUUGUGAUGGAGGACAGGGCUUCGCCUCGACCCAAAGUAGCAGCCCAUGUCACGGGAAGCUUUGUGCCCAAACUGGAGCGAGAAGGAGGAGCUCCAGCCUCUGCCGGGCGUCGUGUUCAGGGCCAGAAGAUCUCGUGGUGGGAAGGACAGAAGGGGCUGGCCUUCCUCCAGGACGUCCAGCUGGUGGACGGGGAGCUGGUGGUUCCGCAGCCAGGCCUCUACUACGUCUACGCCCAGACCUACUUCAGACACACUCACGCCCUGGAGGAUGAUAGCGAGGGCGGCGAGGAGGCGGAGGACAGAGGAAGACCACUGCUGCAGUACAUCUAUAAAAAGGUGAGCUCCUACCCGGUUCCCAUCCUGCUGAUGAAGACGAGCCGAACCUCCUGCUGGUCCCGGGGCUCCCAGUUCUCUCUGCACUCCGCCCACCAGGGGGGGCUGUUCCCACUCAGCACGGGCGACCGCUUGUUCGUCACUGUGACCAACGCCUCCGCUGUGGACAUGGACGAGAAAAGCAGCUUCUUUGGAGCGUUUCUCAUCAGCUAGAAGAUCACCGGCACAGACGCCGUCGUGUUUUUAACGUUGGUAAAGAAAUAUCAAAUUGUUGCGGCCUCGAGGCUUCUCCUAAUAAUGAACCCAUGAUGGUGAAAAAGUGAAAAACUGAAACAAGGAGUCACGGGGGAAGGAUGUCUUCUUAAUAACAGCAGAAAAAAUUUGACAACACUGGUUUCGUGGGUGUAGAAGGAGGAAAAGACUGACAUGGAUUUGGGGCUGUUUGUUGAGUCUGUGUGAGAACUUAUCACUAAAAAAAACCAGACGUCUUUUGAGUGUGUAAAGGUUAGUUGUGAUCAUGGAGACAGUUUUGUUCCACAAACAUUUCUUGGAGGCAGAAAUAAUCUCCGUUGUUGAUAUAAGAGUCAGUGUGAGGAGCCAAAGAACAACAGUUAAAGUGCAUUUCCUACCUAAACCUGAGAAGAAACUCUAGACAAAAUAUCAAAGAAAACAUACUAAACAUUACUUUAGUAGUUUAGGUUUAGGAUGUUUGUUAAUUUGCACCAUUCUCGCCAUUCUCCUCUGGCCCCUGAACUAUAAUUUGCCAAUUAUUGCAAUUUUUCUGGCUUUAUUCUCAGUAAAAGCACCUUUAGACUCUGCGACAACAACCAUCAUGUAUGUUUUCUGCAUGUCACACUGAGUGAGAUGCGUUGAAUAAAAUGUUUGUCACAAUCUGUGUCAGACUGUACAAUCGGUGAAUCGUAGCACUACGAUGUAAAAAAAAAACAGUAUACGAGAGCAGAGACACGUCAACUGUGCCGCUCUGAUCGUUUUGGUUUGUUUGUGCACAUUUUUGUGUGUGCCUUUUUUCCCUCCUAAACUUUACUCAAAAACGGCACUCACAGAUCGUAUUUUGAUUGGUUUGUUUGUAGACGUGGGUCAAACCAGCAGCAGUCACAUUGUGAUAAUUAGUCCCUAAAUCUCUGACAGUUAAAGCUUCAGAUCGGCCGUCGGUGGGCGUGUCCCACAGUGAGAUAUAGGUGCAGCAUUUUGGAUCGACAACCAAAGAUUUCACCAUGUUUAAUCUAAUCUAAAACAAUCAGAAAAUAACAUUUGAUGCAUCUGUUUCACUGCUCUUCAUCCUCUCACUCUAGUACCGUCGACCCAGAGACGACGGGCCAACUUUAAAUGUUUUGUUUACAAACUCAGCCCAUCGAAUCCUGCACACUGCGCCUUUAAAUCCUUGAAACUGUUGUGUGUGUAAAAAUCCCAACAUGUAUGCCAAGUAUGUGCUAUGUUCCCCAUUUUAACAGAACUGUUGGUCUUUCUGGUUUAUACCAAACAUUGUCAACUCUGUGAAGAUAACCAAUUAUGGCUAUACUGCAUUUUUACAUGGAAUUGUUUUCUAUUUGAUCCAAAGCACCAUGUGAAAUUGGCUCGUAACUUACUGAGAAAAGUCACAAUUUCGCAGAUGUUUCUUUAGAAGCCUGCAGAUUAUCCGCUUUGCAUACUUUUCCUCCUUUACUGAGAAAACAGCUUCUGCCUCUUAAGAAAUGUUUGUACAAAAUUCUUCUCAGGUGGACGUCAGUGUUUAUCUGAGUCCAUCCACAUGCAUUUUAAGUGAGUGUGUGCAUAUGUAAAGAUGUAAAUAAUCUGCUAUAUUUUGUGUUUAUUUUUCCAAAUCAGUCUGCAGAUUUCUGUCCUCUGCUCUUAAUUUUUCGUGAGGGUGGAGGCAUAUGAACAUAACGGACAGUUCACUGCAGCCAAAAGAACAGACGGUGUAGUAAUUUCACCUCUUCAUGAGUUUUACAGUAAAGUUAAAAAAAAACAAAACUGCUGCUUACAAAUCAGGAUUCGUGAAGCGUUUUUGUUGGCUGCACCACCGUCUCUCCUCCUUCUGCUGUCGGUCUUCCAGCACGUUGGCUCGUCCAUCGCAGCCAUUGUCCAAACGGUGCAUUUAACACGUCAUAACGGUCGGUUUUCUUAAGGAUUCGUGUCAUGUCGGAUUAACUGCAGAUGUGAUCCGAACACUUGGAGAACAAUCGUUCACAUUAACAUCCAGACAGCAAGAAAUAUGUGAUUUAUUUCCUGGUGAUAUGACCUGCUGUUGUGAACGUUGCAGCAAAUCAACCGAUGCUGCUUGAACUAAAACGGUCAGUUAUAUUUGACAAAUUUUGCUUCACUUACUAGGUUUUUUUUUUUUUCUGGAGCUUUCAGCCACAAUCAGCGGAUGGAGUUAAGAGAUACAACCCUGCGUAAAACCAUCUGUUAUCAUGUGACCACACCAUAACUGAACAAUCUCUACGAUCAGCUGAUGAAGGCCGUGAGAUGUGGUUGAAAGCACCAGAUGACGUCUAGUAAAUUUCAAACUAC